GAGGGGGAAAAUGGAGUCAAUCCGAUGGCUUCUGACUGUUGCAGAAGUGGAGUUUGAUGAGGUUUUCCUGACAACCAGAGAGCAGUACCUGAAACUCCUGAAUGACGGGGAGCUCAUGUUUCAACAGGUUCCUUUGGUGGAAAUCGAUGGCAUGAAACUCGUGCAGACAAAAGCAAUCCUGCACUACAUUGCAGAGAAAUACAACCUCUAUGGGAAAGAUGUCAAAGACCGUGCCAUGAUCAAUAUGUACUCUGAGGGACUGAUGGAUCUUAUGGAAUUGAUCAUGAUGCUGCCCUUCGUCGCAGACCCCCAACCGAAACGUGACAACAUUCAAACUAAAGCUAAAGAGCGCUACCUGCCUGUGUUUGAGAAGGCGCUGAGUGGACCCGUUUACCUGGCGGGAGGUAAGCUCAGCCUUGCAGACGUGCUGCUGGUUGAAUGCACCUUGAUGCUCGAGGAGACAUUUCCUGCAAUCCUCGCAGACUUUCCAAACGUCAAGUCUUUCCAGGGCAGAAUGACUCAGAUUCCUGCCGUCAGCAGGUUCCUGCAGCCGGGCAGCAAGAGGAAGCCGCAGGCAGAUGAACAUUUGAAAAAUACCGUCAUGAAAGUGUUUAACAUCGCCUUAUAAUAAUCUGAUCGAAAGAUGCAUUCCUCACACGACUGGCAUGAGUCCACGUGGCUCGCUCACGAUAAAAUUAAAAUUACACAGUCAAA